AUGUCCAAUAACAUGGCUAAGAUUGCAGAUGCCCGCAAGACAGUGGAACAGCUGAAACUGGAAGUCAACAUCGAAAGAAUGAUGGUGUCCAAAGCAGCGGCUGAUCUGAUGGCCUUCUGUGAGGACCCUCUGGUGACACCAGUGUCAUCCUCUGAGAACCCUUUUCGGGAGAAUAAAUGA